AUGGAUUUUCAGCUCAAAGACCCAAAUACUAUUCCUUCUUGGAAAUGCGCAAAGAAGAAAGCUUGUUGUAUAGCUGUUAACAAUUCUACAGUCAUGCAUGAUAAACCUGGUUUGCUUUCUUGCUUGAGGGAAGUCUAUAAUUCCGAAAUUGAAAAGGGUGACACGUAUCCUUUUGAAGAACCCUUGAGCAUGGAAGAAGCUGAGAAUUAUUUUUUUGCAUAUUGUACAGUCCUUUGCUUAGAAUGGGAUGGCCACAGUUCACUUCCUAAUCUCCAAACUCCAAUUGAUUGGAAAGAAAAGAUCCUUGGGUUUUUCAUCGUAAAACCAAAUUAUCCUCCUCGCUGUGGCCAUGUUUGUAAUGGGUCCUUUUUGGUGAGUCCUAAAACCCGUGGUCGAGGUAUCGGAAGAAUACUUGCCUAUGCCUUUUUGUACUAUUCUCCUCGCAUAGGCUACAAGUCCAGUGUUUUUAACCUAGUCUUCGCAACAAACGCAGCCAGUUAUAGGUUAUGGGAUAGCCUUGGUUUCACCCGCACAGGCGUGAUCCGCAAUGCUGCUCGUCUACGAGGACAUUCCAAACUUGUGGACGCAUAUAUAUAUCAAUACGAAUUUCCUCCCCUUGAUCAAGAAGUUGAAGAUGGGGAUGCAUCUUAA